AUGGCUUCCCCUGGAAAUCUUAAUCAACCAGGUGGAGGACCAUUCGACGUGCCCAAAUUCUUCAAGACAUCGGCGCCGUCACAGCCACCGCCUGUGGCGGCGGUAGCAGCCGCAAACCCUACUCCCCAAAACCCUAACUUCAUUUCCUCCUCGCCUUUUCCUCCGCCGUCUACUGCUUCCUAUCCUCCGACCUCCGGGAUGGAAUAUAUUUACUCUUUUCCGCCUCAGACCUCCGCUCCAUUCCCACACCACCCCCAAUUCCACCACCAGCACAUCCCUCCCUACCCCGCCCCGCUUCCUCCUCAAGCGCAAGGGCUUCAGAGAUCCGUGUCUUUCCCCACCCCGCCUCUUCAGCCUCCGCCGCCGGCGACUCCUCACCAGUUCCAGAACCCUAAUUCUACUAGCCCCAAUCCCGGGGCUCGCCUCAUGGCUCUGUUGAGUGCGCCGCCUUCCUCUCACGAAACUCCGCAACAGAUAAUGCCAGUGCCGCCCAUUCAUUCGGCAGUUUCCGGGUCGGACCCGCCCGAAUUUUCAUUGCCCCAUGGUGCUCCCGGGUCCAAUCUACCAUUGCGGAUGCCCAGCAGUAAGCUGCCUAUAGGCCGGCAUUUGAGUGGCGAACACAUUGGUUAUGACAUUAAUGCUAGAUUGCCUGGUGAGGUGCAGCCUCAACUCGAGGUUACUCCCAUUACAAAGUAUGCUUCAGAUCCUGGACUUGUUUUGGGCCGGCAAAUUGCAGUCAAUAAGACUUACAUAUGUUACGGAUUGAAGUUGGGCAACGUUCGGGUCCUUAACAUCAAUACUGCUCUCAGAUCAUUGCUAAAGGGCCUAGGGCAGAGGGUCACGGACAUGGCUUUCUUUGCAGAGGAUGUUCAUCUUUUGGCUAGUGCAAGUGUUGACGGCCGGGUAUAUAUAUGGAAAAUCACUGAGGGACCGGAUGAGGAAGACAAGCAGCAAAUAACUGGCAGGAUGGUUACUGCUAUUCAAGUUGUGGGAGGAGAAUCUUUUCAUCCACGAGUUUGUUGGCAUUGUCAUAAACAAGAAAUUCUUGUGGUUGGGGUUGGAAAGAGAAUUUUGAGAAUUGAUACAACCAAAGUUGGAAAAGGCGAAGUAUUUUCGGCCGAAGAACCACUGAGAUGCCCAUUUGAUCGGUUGGUUGAAGGGGUUCAGCUUGUUGGUACUCAUGAUGGAGAAAUUACUGACUUAUCAAUGUGCCAAUGGAUGACCACUCGUCUCGUGUCUGCUUCAGUGGAUGGCAUGAUCAAGAUUUGGGAGGACCGCAAGCCCAUGCCACUUGCAGUACUAAGGCCAUAUGAUGGUCAACCAGUUAAUUCGGUUUCAUUUUUGGUUGCUCCAGAGCGCCCAGACCACAUCAUACUUAUUACUGGGGGCCCACUGAAUAGAGAACUGAAGGUAUGGGUAUCUACAAGUGAAGAAGGAUGGUUGCUUCCUAGUGAUGCUGAAUCAUGGCACUGUACACAGACAUUGGAGUUGAAGAAUUCAGGUGAAGCUCGAGUUGAAGAAUCAUUUUUUAAUCAAGUCAUGGCCUUGUCUCAAGCAGGUCUAUUUUUAUUGGCAAAUGCAAAAAAGAAUGCCAUAUAUGCAGUGCACCUAGAAUAUGGCCCUAAUCCAGCAUCAACACGGAUGGAUUACAUAGCAGAAUUCACAGUUACUAUGCCAAUAUUGAGUUUUACUGGGACAAGUGAUUUACUACCGCAUGGGGAACAGGUUAUUCAGGUGUAUUGUGUGCAAACACAGGCUAUUCAGCAGUAUGCUUUGGACCUAUCCCAGUGUUUGCCACCUCCACUGGAGACUGCCAUGUUAGAGAAGUCAGAAUCUAGUGCUUCACGCGAGGUUAUUAGUAUUGAAGGAUUUGCUCAAAAUGAGCACUCUGGAAAUAAACCAACGGAAUUACCUAUAUCUAGUUCUGCACCCAAAAUUCCUGUGCAUGAUGGUGGUUCUGAGAGUGUGCCUACAGUGAGGAAUCCUGUUGGUUCUGCUUCUAUUGAGAUAGCUACAUCACAGGAGUUCAGUUCUAGCAUGGAAAACAAACUGGCUACUAGCUCCAUUGUAAAUGCCAAUGCUGAUAUUCUUCCCGUUGCAUCACCUCCUCUUCCUUUGAGUCCUAGAUUGUCUCAGAAGCUUUCUAGUUUUAGAAGCCCAUCAAACAGCUCUGAACCUGGUCCUCUUAAUCAUCGCGGUGGAGAUCCAAUUGUUGAAUAUUCAGUUGACAGACAAAUGGAUGCCAUUCAUGCAAACUUGUCUGAUGCAGCUUCUCUGGAUGAUGAUGAAAACAAGGUUUCUCAUGAGGAGGUUUCCUCAGGUCUCAAUAAUCCUAUCAAAUUCAAACAUCCCACUCAUCUGGUUACUCCUUCAGAGAUUUUGAUGGCUACAAAUCAGCAGAAGAAUGAUGGAGAAAAGAACAUACAAGAUGUUGUAAUCAACAAUGAAGCACGUAACAUGGAGGUUGAAGUUAAGGUUGUGGGUGAAUCAAUAUCUAGUCAGAAUAAUGACACUCGAGAAGAACUUCACGUUAGUGUCUCAAAUAAGAAGGAGAAAUCCUUUUGCUCUCAAGCCUCUGAUCUUGGAAUGGAGAUGGCUCGAGAGUGCCAUGAUGUUUCACCUGAAACCUAUAUUGUUGAAGAUUCUAAGCAAAUUGAUGGUGCUAAUGGAAGUGAAGAACUGGCCCAACCAUCAAAUGAUCAAGAGGAAGAUUGCAAUUCUACCAAAGAUGUCUCCAGAAAGGAGUUAAACUCAACUAACCCAGUUCCUGUUCAACAGCCACCUACACCUACUACGAAGGGGAAAAAGCAGAAGGGGAAAAGUUCUCAAGGAUCUUGUCCGCCAUCAUUAUCACCUGGUGUUGUCAAUCCAACUGAUUCUCACAAUGAAGCAGGUGUCAUCUCAAGUGUCCCCUCGAUGGUUGCUGCAUCUACACAAAUUUCAUCCAUGCAUGAGAUGCUGAAUCAGCUCAUCUCCAUGCAAAAAGAAACACAAAAGCAGAUGGGGAUGUUGGUUGCUGUUCCAGUUACCAAAGAGGGAAAAAGGCUUGAGACAGUCUUGGGACGCCAGAUGGAGAAAGUUGCUAAGGCCAAUGCUGAUGCUUUAUGGGCUCGCCUUCAAGAAGAAAGUGCGAGGCAGGAAAAAUUAUUGCGUGAGCGCAAUCAACAGAUAACAAAUUUGAUCUUAAACAGCCUAAACAAGGACCUUCCAGUGUUGGUGGAAAAACUUGUGAAGAAAGAGUUAGGUGCCAUUGGGCAAACUGUUGCACGGAGUAUUGAGAAAACAGUAUCAGUGUCUAUUUCAGAAACUUUGCAGAAAGGAGUUGGUGACAAGGCUGUGAGCCAGCUAGAGAAAUCAGUUAAUUCCAAACUUGAAGUUACUGUUGCAAGACAAAUCCAAGCACAGUUUCAGACUUCUGGAAAACAAGCUCUCCAGGAGAAUCUGAAAUCUAUUCUUGAAGCCUCGCUUGUCCCUGCUUUUGAAAUGUCAUGCAAGGCAAUGUUUGAGCAAGUGGAUGCUACAUUUCAAAAGGGAAUGGCUGAACAUGCUGCUGCUGCUCAGCAACAGUUUGAGUCAAUGCAUUCACCACUGGCUCAUGCUUUACGGGAUGCCAUCAAUUCGGCAUCAUCAGUGACACAAACCCUAAGUGGUGAGCUGGCUGAUGGUCAAAGAAAGUUGCUUGCUCUAGCAAAUUCUAAAGCAGCAAAUCCAACUGUCAGCCCAUUGAAUAAUGGGCCCUUGCUCCAAGAGAAGUUUGAAGCACCCGUGGAUCCAACCAAAGAGUUAUCUAGAUUGUUGGUGGAGAGGAAAUAUGAGGAGGCCUUCACUGCAGCCUUGCAGAUUAGUGAUGUGAACAUUGUAUCCUGGCUAUGCUCUCAGGUUGAUUUGCCUGGGAUCUUAUCAAUGAACCCUCUCCCAUUGAGUCAAGGAGUACUCCUCUCAUUACUUCAACAGUUAGCUUGCGACAUUAGCAAAGAGUCAACCCGGAAACUGUCAUGGAUGAGAGACGUUGUAUCCCCCAUAAACCCAAGCGAUCCGAUGAUUGCAGUGCACGUCCGUCCUAUCUUCGAGCAAGUGUAUCAGAUACUAAACCAUCAUCGGAAUCUUCCCACCACGAGCGGUGCCGACCAGUCCAGCAUCCGCCUGAUCAUGCAUGUUAUCAACUCAAUGUUAAUGACCCCUAAAUGAUUUUCAGAGUUAUGGAGCACACAGAAGUAAGUCUGUACAAAGUUGUAGGGAUUUUCAUGUAGAGCGAGCUAUUUCGGUCUGUAGAAUUAUUGGAGUUUAUAGCAGUUUUUGUUAAUUUUGGAUUACUUCAUUUAUUAAAUGAAAUUUUGAGUUACUUUCUGAUUUA